AUGUCUCCUGUGCUUUUGAUCAUCCUGUUCUUCCGCGGAGCAUACGCAAGUGUUCCAAGGUCACUUAACUAUGACACGACUGUUGGUCCUGACGGGCCGUGGAACGCUUUGACCCAAACAGUCUCCUGGCCGGAGCAAAAUACUACUUUGCUCCCUUCCCUGACCAAGACCAAUCUAUUCGUCCAUACAGAUGCAUGCUCCGACCCUCGUAGUGCUUGCCCUCAGUCUCAAACAGACCUCUGGACUGGUUCGAUAGGCCCAUGGUCUUGGAUGAAUAGUACUCCAUUCAGCGCCUCGACAUGGGACACUUCCCUUGGUCCUCUGAAUCUAUCUGGGCAAGCAAGCUAUAUCAGCGAUAGGAUUACUCUCAAAAGCUCCGGGCAACAUGACUCAUACCUUGACUUCACCGCCAAUGCCAUUGAUCAAAGUAUCAACGUCAAUUACCUAUCACCAAAUGUAUGGUACACACUGGAUACAGGGUUCCUCUCAUUGUAUGGCGGCGCAGCACAUUUUGAGUACAGUUCUGUGAAUGGGAGUGACGUCUCGUUGAACACCACUUUGCCGUUGGCGUAUGCGCAAGAUGCUAUUCCUUCCGCGUUCUACGGUCUUCAUAUUGGCUCAGCUUCGACUUCAAGCUCAGUACCUGGAAGUCUCGUCAUUGGAGGGUAUGACAAGUCCAGAUGUCUCACAACUCCGAUCGUAUCGAACACGGACACAUUCGAGCUGACUGAUGUUGGUCUGGGUGUCGCCAGCGGAGACUCUCCAUUUCCCAAGGAUGAAAAGCUGCCAGUGCGCAAUCUUCUACAAAGCCAUGGAGUCAGCAGCAUCAAAGCAUACCCAAACCCAGGUGUGCCAUAUCUGUACCUGCCUCCGGAGACUUGCGCGGCAAUUAUUGAGCAUCUUCCAGUCGGCUUCAAUGAAACUCUGGGUCUUUACAUAUGGAACACAUCGGCCCCUUCGUACCGUAAUAUCAUGACUUCUCCUUCCUAUCUUUCUUUCAACUUCAGUUCGGAAACCUCCACAAGCACGAUCUACCUGCCUUUCGCACUUCUAAAUCUCACUUUGGAGUGGCCGCUUGUCAAUUCUCCAACUCAAUACUUCCCAUGCUCACCAUAUCAAUCUCCGGAUGGCAGGUUCCAUCUUGGACGUGCAUUCCUUCAAGGGGCUUUUAUGGCGCAGAAUUGGCAGACAGGACAGUUGAUGCUCGCUCAGGCACCAGGACCAGACAUGGCUGACUCGUCUCUGAUCACCAUUUCUGCCAAUGGCACUUCCUCAGUCCUACCAAUGAUCAAGGCACCAUCAUGGGAUUUGACGUGGGCUUCCAAGCUCACAGCAUUCCAGCGUAAUGGAAGCGAUGCUUCGGAGCACGCCAAUGGUGUUGGCCACAAAGGACUAUUGCCAGGAACACUAGCAGGUAUAACUAUUGGUGUUAUAGUUGCUGUGACGCUUGUUGCUGGAGUAUGUUGGGCUUGGUUGAGACGACAGAGGGCGAAAGGGACCCAGAUUGACAAUGAGAAGAUGCCUCGAGGGCUUGUGGAAGUUUGUGAAACGGGAUCUGUGGCAUCAUCAUUGCUGCCCAUCGAAGUCUGGGCCCCUGGAAAGCAUGGGCUGACAUUGGAUCCUAUCGAGCUGGACGUCACUGCCAUCAACGAACUUCAUGGUACAUCAAUGGAAGGAGAUAAGAGAAGAUGA